UCCCGUAGACAGUUUUCGUAGUUCUUUCUAGCGUAGAACGCCUGGUCAAUUUGAUUUCAACAUGGCAGGAGUUUUGUUUGAGGAUAUUUUCGACGUCAAAGACAUCGAUCCCGAGGGUAAAAAAUUCGACAGAGUUUCUCGACUCCACUGUGAAAGCGAAAGUUUUAAAAUGGACCUUAUACUAGACGUUAAUACCCAGAUUUAUCCAGUGGAUUAUGGUGAAAAGUUCCGACUUGUUUUGGCCAACACUCUAAGAGAAGAUGGUACUCCAGAUGAUGGUGAAUAUAACCCAUCGGACAACAGCCCCUCACGUGCUGACCAGUUUGAAUAUGUCAUGUAUGGUAAAGUUUACAGAAUAGAAGGAGAUGAAGGUGGAGUGGAAGCCCCAACAAGAUUAGCUGCGUAUGUGUCUUUUGGUGGUCUACUAAUGAGGCUUCAAGGUGACGCAAACAACUUACAUGGAAUGGAAGUAGACAACCAUGUAUAUCUUCUAAUUAAGAAACUAGCAUUCUAACAACAAGGUCUGUUAACUGGAGCUGGAGCACUGGUACCUGCAGUGGAAAUGAACAAAGAACUUUCAACUGCUCUCUACUUCUUUGUAUAAUAACAAUUUACUAUCAAUAGCUUAUUAUUAAAAGUGUAUUGCAUUAAUAUUCACAAGUUGUAGUUGCCCGCAAAGACAAAGCUGUUAUCAUAUUUCAUUUUUGAGCAUGUCUUUGGGAGCCUGUACAGUACAUUUCUGGACACAGAUCAUCAAUUCUGGAAACCAAGUAAUCAUUUACAUGAGACCUGUUAAUGGUUUCUGCUGCAACUAGAAAUGUUUUGGCACUUGUGUUAGUUUUGAUUGCAUUUUAGCAGUCUUUAUCUGUGAGCCAAUAACCACAUGUACAAAGAAAAGUAAACGAACGCAACAAACACGGCUAGAUUAUGAAAUAUUGAAGCUUCUUAUGGACUUUUAAAACGUGACAGAACCCCACGUGAUUUUUAAGGAAUAUCCUGAGAUUUUUAAGGAAGCUACUAAUAACACUAAUUUGUUUUUGUAAAUCGGAAACGUAGUUAUUCUUUCUUUAAAAUAGUACGCAAGUACAAUUCUGAGAAAGAGCCGCAUACUUUUCAACAUUGCGAAAAUGAUUACCCAAUAAAUUUUAUCAAAGUUCCAUUUCAUAGAUUUGUAAUGACAGUUAACAGUGUAAAUUACAUGACCGCAUUAAUCUGGUUGCAUUUUACAAACGUUUUAUACUUUUGUCAUUUAACAUUAAAUUGAAAGCAAAAGCCUUU